CAAGUCUGCUGCUGCGGGAGCCUGGCUGGGGUAUGACGUUAAUGACUCCAAAUGAGUCAUUUGCAAAUCUUCUCAUUCAGGGAGAUGGCAUAACAGUGCUGCUGCAGAGUGCAUUACAGUCAGGGCGAGGCGACACACCACAGCCACACCAUCAACAAGGCUUUUGUACAGAGGAUUUUAUUCAAAACUCAGAUUGCAAAUAAAUUUAGAAGCAGACACAGCAAGACUUCCAUGGAAGCAGUACAAAAAACCAUCUGUGGUUUGGAUGUUCACUAAUCCCUUAAGUGCCAUCCAAUUACUGCAAAUGCCUUUGGCAUCCACUACAGCAAUCGUGAAGAAUUAAAUGAUCGAAUGGCACUCAUUGGAAAUCACGAGUCACAGAACUCUAUAAUGCAUUUAAGAAAAAAAAUCUAAAAAGGAAAACAUCAGAACCCACUGCAAAAGUUGACCUCUUUGGGAGCCAUGAGGGACAACAAAAGGGAUUAAGUAAUGAGGGACGCUUAAUUCAGAGAAGAAACUAGAAGAAAAAAAGAGAGAGAUUGGGAGUGUAAGAACGCUGGAUGAAGAAGAGGUAACUUUAACUUGCAGCUCCUCAUCCUUAGCACAAACUCUGACAAUUAAUUUUGUAGAAUCAUAGAAUGGGUUGAAAAGGACCCCAAUGAUCAUCUGGUUCCAACCCCUGCUGUGUGCAGGGUCACCAACCAGCAGCCCAGGCUGCCCACAGCCACAUCCAGCCUGACUUUGAAUGCCCCCAGGGAUGGGGCAUCCACAGCCUGCUUGGGCAACCUGUUCCAGUGCGUCAGCAUCUUCUGAGUAAAAACCUUCCUCCUAAUAUCAUAAUUAAUGACCUCUCCUAAGGGAAAGUAACCAAAACACUCCCAGCAGCUUUUCUGUGCCGUGACUUAUCGGUGUGGUCAGGCUGCAGAGAUCUCCAGGUGCUUCAGAACAGCCAGGGCUCCAGUAGCAGAUGGGGAAGGGGGGCUGGGAAGGCUGCAGGGCUGCUGUGGGGGUAGGCAGAGAAGGGCAGCAGCUGCACGGCUGUAACGGUGCCUGGGAAAGGUACAGCAAGGCACUAUGGCUUCAGCCAUCAGUGCGGCAUUCCUACACAGGCUGGGAUCUUUUGCAAGACUUUAUUCUCAAAAAUAGGUGCAAUUAAGAACUGCAAAGCACACACGCACAUAUAUAUAUAUAUAUAUAUAUAUAUGUCGCAGCCUACAUACUCAUACAUCAGUGUAUGUGUGUAUUCGCAAAACGGUCUUUCUCUUCUCAUUUGCAACAGCACACAGGGCAGCCUCUGCCUACCCAUUUCUACUUCUGUCUCCACUUCCUCCAGCUCUCCGCUCCCGCAGCUCAGCCCGGAUCCGCAGGGCGAGGCUCCCUGGCGGCGCUCCCCGUCCGCUCCACCCCCCCGUCCCUCCGCAAUCUCGCGAGAUUUUGUUUGAAACGGAGGCGGGAGGCCGAAGCUCGGCUCAGGCCCGGCCCGGCCCGGCCGCGAUGCCGCGGAUGCUGCGCACGUACUCGCGGCGCGGCGGCUACCUCCGCGUUCUGCCGCAGCCCGACCGCUGGAUUUCGCCCCCUCAGGACCGCAGACGGCUCUUCAGCUCCUCCUCAGCCGCCUCCAGCGCUCUCUCCAGCGCCCUCUCCAGCGCCCCCUCCGCCACCUCGGACGACCCCGACUUCUCGCCGCCGAGGAAGCGCCGCCAGAAGCCGUUGGGUGAGCGCCACGCCCGCUCCCGGUACCUGCGGAGCCGGCGCGGGGCGGAGAAGGAGAACCUGCCCCCGGCCGCCCUCAGCUCCCCGUCGCCCUCCCCGCCGCCGCCCCGCCGCCGCCGCCGCCGCCAGGGGUCGCCCUCCGCCGCCCGCCGCCCGCUGCUCUGCAGCACCCCGCACUGGGCGCCCCCCUGCGGCUCCGCUCGCCUUUCCCGCCGCGCCGCCGCGCCGCUCCCGGAGCUCAGCACCAGCGUGGAGGGCGGCUCGGUGCUGCACUGCAGCCCGGAGCUCUUCUCGUCUCACGACGCCUCUGUCGGCGGCGCCCUCGACUCGCCGGGGGCAUCGCGGGCCGGCUCGGAGCGGCCGUCGCCGCGCACGCGGAGCGGGAGGGACGACGGGGCAACGGGAGCGCCCCGAGCGGCAGCACCGAGCGAGAGCUCGGCGCCGGGGCUGCGCUCGCAAACGGCCCGCAGGGCUCUGAGGUCGUCCGUGCGGGAGCCUCUGCGCGGAGCCGCGGCAGCCGCUCCCGUCGACGGUGAACCGCAGCGCGGCGCCGCCGGCUCGUCAGGGCUCCGCGGCGAUGUGAAGGGCGAUGAGACGACGGGGAGCCCGGGCGGACGCGCGGACGCGGCCGAGCGGCGGCUGAUGCCGGUAGUGGUUUUGGAGCGAAGGGACGAGCUGCUGCGGCUGAGCGGCCGGAAGGCGGCGUCCCCGCUGGGCGGCCGAGGAGCCGCGAAGCAGCGACGUAAAAGCGCCGAACUGAUCCCCGGGGAGGGCGGCACCUGCAGGAAAGCCUGCAUCAGCGGCUUCAGCGCCAGCCGCUGGGGGAGACAACCGCGGCUCCGUCCGCGUGGGUACAAAAAUAAGUGGCAGCAGCAGGCGGGAGCCUCCUUCGGGAGAGCGCAGUUGAGACGAAGAGGAAAGAAGAAGGGUGUGCAGAUGUCGGGAGGGGCGCGGGACGCUGAGUGCUCAUUCCUCGAUAACUCCCACCGCUGGGGUAGAUUUCGAGCAUCUCUGUCGUUCCAUAAGAAAAAGAAAGUGAUCACAGAUGACAGUUCCUACGCCAGCAUCCUUUGUAAUCCCUUUGUGAAUCCCCAGCUUUCUGGGCACCAAGCAACCCUGUCUUCUAGUAAGGCUGAGAGCUACGCCUUGUCUGCUUCCUCCGUGAUCCUGCUGGCUCCCAUGAGUUCUUCAGCCUUAGAGAUCACGCUUACGGAUGCAGAGAAGGUGUUUAGGGAGUGCCAGCAGGAGGAACCUAUUGCUUUUGAGGAUUGCAUUCCCUUAGAUAAGAUGAAAAACUGCAAGAAAAUCGGAGAAGGGGUGUUUGGAGAGGUUUUCCAGAUCGACAGUGAGAGAGGACCUGUGGCCUUAAAAAUAAUUCCCAUUGAAGGAACUGAAAGGGUGAACGGUGAAGCUCAAAAGAGCUUCGGAGAGAUCCUGCCUGAAAUAAUAAUUUCAAAGGAACUCAGUCUUCUGUCUGAAGAGUCCAUGAAUAGGACUGUAGGGUUCAUCAGCUUGUACUCUGUGCACUGUGUUCAAGGGGCUUACCCUAAAUACCUCCUAAAAGCCUGGGACGCAUACAACAAGGCAACAGGAUCCGAAAAUGAUCGGCCAGACCUGUUUGGAGAAGAGCAACUCUUCAUUGUUCUGGAGUUUGAAUUUGGAGGCAGUGAUUUGGAGAACAUGAGAAAGAAACUGAGUUCUGUGGCUUCAGCAAAAAGCAUUCUGCACCAGGUGACUGCUUCGCUGGCUGUGGCAGAACAGGAACUGCACUUUGAGCACAGAGACUUGCACUGGGGGAACGUGCUGGUCAAGAAAACAGAUGCAAAGGAGCUUAGCUACGUGUUGAAUGGGACUACGUGCACAAUCCCCACAGCAGGGAUCCAUGUCAACAUCAUAGAUUACACCUUAUCUAGGCUGGAGAAAGAUGGGUUAACUGUCUUCUGCGACCUUUCCACUGAUGAAGAGCUGUUUCAAGGCACAGGGGACUACCAGUUUGAUAUCUACAGGCAAAUGAAAGCGGAGAACUCCAACGGCUGGACUGACUAUCAUCCACACAGCAAUGUCCUCUGGCUCCACUACUUGACAGAUAAACUUUUGAAGGAUGUAGUGUACAAGAAAAAGGAAUCAUCUUCUGCCAUGAGAAAAAUAAAGCAGCAGCUCACAAAGUUCCAUAAAGAAGUACUGACUUUUGGGUCUGCCAGUGAAGUUUUAGGCACCAGCAGCCUCUUCCAAUGAGUAAGGGAGUGCAGGGUUUCCAAGAACUGAUGCUGCCCUUCUCCUUUGCUGUCUUUAAUGAAUGGUCGAUUAAAUGUUAGCAGAAUGAAGUGUUAACAUCAGUUAGCAAUGUGAAUGGUAAACUAUCAAAAAUGUGUAAAAAAAACCCCCACAAAAAGUCUUCUGCUCUAGCAUGUUUCCAUAUGUGCUCUCUUUGAGGGGUGAGGGUGGAAAGGAAAUGGAUUCGACCUUGCAGAGGAGGGGGAGCAGAUUCAGGCCCAGUUCAUGUUUUGAAUUCCACUUAGGUUAUUAAAAGUUCUUUCCUCAUUCUAUCGAUUUUCUUACCAAGUUCUUUGCUUAAAAACAAAAUCAACCAAUCAAACAAACGAACCCCACGAUGCUGCAGACAGGUGAGCGCUGGUAGCCCAGCCACAGAAAGGGGAGGAAGGCACUUUCAGUUUUGUAAACGACCUUUUGUUCAUUUUGGCACAGCUUGUGCUUGGCGUGAGGCCAUAAAAGGUAAAUUUCCCAAAGUUUCUGUAGUUGUGUUUUUAAAAACACUCAUCUGCAAUAAUACAUUUUUUUUCCCUCUCUGUGAGGACUGCUGUUAAUGUGAUCACAUACUGUGUUAUUUUAAAAAGCACCCGUGCUCCUGAUACAUGUUUGACAGCUCUGACCUUGUAUGCUGAUAGGAUCCCAAAGCUGUGACCUGGUAGCAUUAAAGUGAUUUUCUCCAUUUAUCUAGAGGAGAAAAUGCACAGGGGGUUCUUCAGCCUUCAUGGCAACUGGGUGAGACAAACUAAAGCUGAAGGUAUACUUGCAUCAAACUUGAAUUCUUUGUUUUCAAGAAGUCCUAGGCUAACAUUCCCGUACAUCAAAGAAACUGGCCUGCAGAGGAAGACAAAUCAAUCCAAGUGAACAUUCAAUGUAAUUAUUAUUGAAAAUUAGUACAUCCAGUGACCCAGGUGUAUGAAGGAAUGGAGAGGAAAAACCUCCCCAUCUUCAAGGCUCUUACUUUUGCUAUCUUAAGCUACAGAAUGCAACCUGACAAUCUGCACUGCUUGAAAUUGUUAGGCUGGAAAUCACACUCUGUGCAGUUGCUGCAGAUGAGUCCGCAUUUCCUUUUUAAAAAUGUUGUUUAAUAAAAUUCUGUGUAUUAAUCAGCUCCAUAUAUUUUAAUAGAAGGCAUGUGACAAGAAAGGAAUAUGAACAGCAACGCACAGGAGCUCCUGAGCAAGAGAAAUGCCCUGAUUCUGUUCUCAUUCAUUUGGAAUCAAAGUUUUGUCCAUUUGGGACAAAACUGAAUUAUGUUGCUCAUCUGUUUUCUCUGCUAAGUUGGAAGGAGGAUGGCAGCACCCGGCUUUCCAGUUCAGUAAGCACAAGCUUUUAAAUAUGCACUAUUCUGAAAUGUUGACCUUAAAGACUGCUCUAUUUUUUACUGAAAUAAUGAAGUUUGAGUAAGGCUAUAAUCAUAAGGGAAGGAAAGAUUUUUCACAUGGAUCCAAACACUUUGGAAGGUUACAAGGGACAAGUAUAAUUUUGUGAAACCAGUGCCUCACAAACAGAAUGGCAGGAAUUCAUAGAACCACAGAACCAUAGAAUGGCCCAGGUUGAAAAGGAUCACAAUGCUCAUCUGUGCUAUGUGCAAGGUCACCAACCACCAGACCAGGCUGCCCAGAGCCACAUCCAGCCUUUCUUGUUCAGUUCUCAGUGUGUUUUGUGGUGAAAAUAGCAAAACUCAGUGAUAGUAACAAUGAUUGCAGGCUUACUUUAGAACAGACUUUCAUCUAAUUGCCAAAUCACUGAGGAGCUUGGCAAUUCUGAGGGAAAAGAAGGCUAUAGCAAAAUACUGGUUACACUGCAAAUACUCUUUAACUCACUGGGAUCCUGUUAAAGCAAAAUGUAUUUGGUGCUUGGCAUUCCUUCCAGAGCAAAGCUUAAAGUGCAGGAAUUAAGAAAUGAUCUCCUGCCUUGGGGAAAUGCACGUGAGUGACAGGCUGAAUGUGAACAAACAGAGGCUAUGGCCUGACUGCAAAGGUACAGCAGCAAGAGCAGCUACUCAAAGUCCCAUUUAGAGGUAGGAAAAAAUGAAAAUAAUCAUCUCUACUUACAGUUGUUUUCUUGAACGCUGGGUGCCCAGCUCCACAGUUUAAGGGUAAGCCUGCAGAAGUGAAUGGUAGCGGUUGGCCACAGUGAAUAGCAGGAGAGGAUGGCUGCCAACCAAAUAGGAACACUUUAAUGUUGAAUAAAAAUAGAUUGGGAAACUCAACUGCGUCUGCCCCCAUAAAAUGCAUGAGGUGGAUGCAGCCCAAUAAAAGACUGGGAGUCUUAAAUCAGUAUUUCAGGCUGCAGUCCUAACAAGCAGAACGCUGCCCUGCGCUGCCCUGCCUCAGCAUUCGUUUGGUAGUAAAUGAAUGGGAGCCCGAGCUGUUUGCUUUGGGAAUUCUGUCCUAGCUCAACAGUUUGCUGUUCUGCAAUCUUACCUCAGCCAUCACCUUAAAGUGGAGAUUUUUAGGACAGCUCAAGAUGUGUGAGUCAUCACUAUGGAACCUUUGCCUCCUUGCAGUGGCCCACCACUGCUUCCCUUCUAGUAGACAGAAAAAUGAGACAGGUGACAUGUUUUCUAAUCUUAUGUCAUAACCGAGCGACCCAAAUCAUCUUGUUCUGCUGGUUGCUCCCUCCAAGGACUUUCACACAUGGGGCAGUGCUACAGCCCUGCUGAUUAUUCAGUAUUACUCAGCACGUGGAGGAAAAUGCUUCCUUAAUAUUAAAGCCCUAUCUCCAAACAUCAAAUAACAUUUUUCCAUUUCUGUUUUACAUCAACACAGCUUUUAAAAACUGUCCUACUCGAGUUGCUGUUCUGUAGAUCUCCAGGCAUUCACAGAGGAGGUAAAAACAUGUGAGAUUCCCAACAGCUUCCCACAAGGCGAGUGAAAUGAAGAGGCUGUGACAGUUCAGGCUGUGGGAUUUUCAGUGCUUUGUUGCAGGUACCAGAAGUUGUCCUCAGAGCAGAGCCUCUGAGGAAGUGUAGGACUGCAGGCUGAUCACAGUUCCCAUUUGUUACCUUGCUGAGACACCAGUAAAGCUGGGAUUAUAUUGAAAGUUUUGACGUAAUGAUGCUGCUGUUCUGGAAAAUUAGUAUUCUCUCAGGAUGGAAUCUCAAGUGGGUGAGAGAGUGAACAACUGGUCAAUGAAGAGCAAGCAAGAAGCACGUAUCAGUGCUUGGAUCAUUACAGGAAAAAAAGUUUUAAGAAAUCCUGGCAGCAAGACUAAGAAGUGCUCAGCUUUUCCAUAACGUUCCACCUGAGCCAUGCUGGCCUAUUUACAGAAGUUCCACUUUUUGCUGGGAAUGUAAAAAACCCCAGUCAGUCUGAAGGAACAGACAGCCAAAAUACACCAGUAUGGAGAGAGUCUCAAAAUGAAACACUCUGUUUAUAUUUCCAUUAGAUAAACUCAUUAUCUAGUGGUACAAAUUCUCGCUUUAUCUACAGUGUGUUUUCAAAUAAAAAACGCAAGGACAAAAUUGAAGCUGUCCAUCCUUUCCUUCCCUUGGUGAGCUCCACAAGUCAUUCAGCUAGCAGAGAUCUGAUUGAAAACAAGGCACGGUCAGCCAAGGUUUUCUUGUGUGUAAAUGACUUAAAUCAUCAGUGCUGAACUGCAGACAU